CUGAGGUUUUCUGUCAAUGUGGCAAGCAAAGUUUUCUUGAAGUUGAUGUGACUUCUGCAUCUCAUUGCACUGAGUGAAGAGGAAAACAAAUGGGACUGAAGUAUUAUAUGAAUUUUUCCUGAACGUUCAGAAAGCACUGUUUAAAUAUUUUUAUCCAAUCAGUUUUUUUCAUAUAGUGAGCACUUUGAGCAAAAUGUUGUAUAUAUAAACAUUGAGGUGAGCACUUGUAAGAAUUUUCUUAAUAUAUGCUGUAAACCUUUUUCAUGCCAUAUUAAGGAAAAACAGCUGUGACAGAAAUACUGGGUACAUAAUUUGCACUUUUUCAUGUUUUCCUUGUGGACUUGGACUUUGAUAAACUUAGUUUUUAUGGUGAUUUUGAUGCAUGGUGUCAGGUAAAAUGUAUGCUGUAGUUUAUUUACCUGCUACAAUCAAAUUGGUUAGUAAACAAUUAAGAAAACUUGGUACAAUGCCUUUUUAAAUUUGUGACAGCUAAUACGUAACAUUCAUACAGAUCUAAUUUCAUAUAUUUUUCAAUUUGUAAACUGAAGAAUAAUAUUGAAGUAUUACAGCAAUAAGCACCUUACCAGGGAUCCUAACUGGUAGGUAAAUAUUAGCUUUUAUAAAACAGGCUUUUGGCCAAAUUUCAUCCGGCAUUCUCCUUAACACUGGUCGUGCCCUCUCUUGGGUCUGGUUUUAUUAUUUACCUCAGCAUAUACCACUAAAAUACCUUUCUAUAAAGAUGAUUGUUUUGUAAAAUGGCUCUAUGUUGCACUGGUAUUUUUAUAAGGCUUCAGAAGAGUAUGUUGUAUCUGUACAGCUGGAUUUACAUUGCUAAGUUUGUGUCAAGAGCCUGCACAUGUACAGUUGGCGCAAUGAAGAAUCUGUAUGUAUUUCCACCCUGGCAUUCUGAUGUACUGAUAAGUCAUAAAGGUGUGAGCACUGGGUUCUGAUUCCCUCUAUCAGGGGCACAUCUGUGAUUGAAAUCAAGACGAGACCAUUAAAAUGAGGACUGGACAAUCUACCUGCCAUAAUAAUCAGCAUACAUCACUACUUUUUAUUUUAAUAUUGAACAUGGGCAGACUUACCAUCAGGAUCAGCCAGGACAGCAGAGGACUCUCAAACCUAAAAAGAAGUAACACUUACUUUCCAUGUUCUGUAUUCAGUGUUUUUGUUUAAUUAGUGAUACAAAAUUACAAUUUCUAGGUGGAAGGGAGACACUAAUUUUUACCAAUUGCAUGUGGAGUCUAAUGGUUUUGUUGGCAGCUUUUUGGAGUGAGAAGAACUUGACCAGAAUGGGAGGCAGCUUGCUGUAAUCCAGAAACAGCUGUCAAACGUCUGAUGAAAGAGGCUGCAGAACUGAAGGAUCCUACAGAUCAUUAUCAUGCACAGCCUUUGGAGGAUAAUCUUUUUGAAUGGCACUUCACUGUUAGAGGCCCUCCAGAUUCAGAUUUUGAUGGAGGGAUUUAUCAUGGGCGAAUAGUGCUACCACCUGAAUAUCCCAUGAAACCACCCAGCAUUAUUUUGCUGACGGCAAAUGGCAGGUUUGAAGUGGGGAAGAAAAUUUGUUUAAGCAUCUCAGGGCACCAUCCUGAAACAUGGCAGCCUUCGUGGAGUAUAAGAACAGCUUUACUAGCUAUCAUUGGAUUUAUGCCAACCAAAGGUGAAGGAGCAAUAGGAUCUCUAGAUUACACACCAGAAGAAAGAAGAGCUCUUGCAAAGAAGUCACAAGACUUCUGUUGUGAAAUGUGUGGCACAUCUAUGAAGACAGCCCUCUUACCACUGACAUCUGGAAGCGUGUCAAGCCAGGCAGACAAGGAGGCUAAAGAGCUUGCCAGACAAAUUAGCUUCAAGGCAGAGGUCAAUUCAUCCAGGAGAUCUGAUGCUGAGCCCUCAAACACAUCUGGACUGAACCACUCUGCUGCUUCACGUGAGCCCCAGCAGGAUGGUGCAGCUAGAGCAUUCCCAGAUCCAACAAGUGCGACGCCUGAAAGCCAGAGUGGCAGUCCAGUGGCUGGCCAGGAGCAUACUCCAGCUGUGUCGAGCACCAGCACCCCGCUGAGCCCUCGGCAGCGCCGCGCGCAGCAGCAGAGCCAGAGACGGGCCCCAGCUUCCACCGACUUCAACCGGGCACAGCAGCCCAGAGUCAACACCAACCACACGGGCUCAACCGUGCUCAUUGUCCUGCUGACCUUUGCGCUGGCAGCUCUCAUAUUUCGUAGAAUAUGUUUGGCUAACGAGUACGUGUUUGAGUUAUAAGGUUGUUUGUCCUAACAACAGUGACUUGAAUGCUUCACUGAACCUUCUGUAUUGGCUAUGACAUGAGAACUGUUUACAAAGGUUACUUUUUGUAUUUGCGCUUAAAUCCUUAUGAAUGUUAAUGUACCUACAGAUACAUUACUUGUAGGAAAAGCAAAGUUGGACAUGUAAACUAUGAGUUUUAAUUGAGUGCCCACUAGAUACUUGGAGAAACGGUGCAGUGGAAUAGUAAUAUUAAGGCAUAUGGGAUGGGACUAAAUUUGAAUAAUUUAUGAACUAGUAAAAGAAGAUUUUUUUAAAAAUGGUUGAUUCAAUUUUUUAUGGGGCAUAAAUGCUCAUAUAAGUACCCCAUCUAAGUUAGUAUAAGAUUUGGCAUUGAAGAGGGGAUUAUUAAAUGAGUCACUGCUAUGUGUUUUGUGAACUCCUAAUUUAGAGGGAAUACAGUUUUGUAACUGCUUUUAUUUGCCAUGACACAUUUCCAGAGGUGAAACACAAAUUGGUUGUUAUGCUGCUUUGUGUGUGUGGAAGGGGGAAGGGACUGUGGGAGGAAAGUAGGUGCCAGAAAACAACUUGCAUUAUUUUGAUUUUUAUUUUUCAGAAUAAAGAUUGGGUAGUCUUUUGAAAGAUUUGAAUGUCCUCUUCUAGUACUUUCAACUGUAUAUCUUGUUUCUAAAAUUUGAAGAUUAUGCAAAACAUGUUUAUUCUUGCAAUAGUUAUAAAUAUGUAAUAUAAUUAUUUACCCAGAGCUGUUGUCUUUUAAUUAUACCAGAAAUAUACAUAAUGUGUUGAA